CAUCAGCGGCUGAUGCAGGAGCAGGAGGGGUUUGGAGUUAACUGCAUGCAGGAAAUCUCUCACAUCCUGAGUCCCGGCUCGCUCCUCUCUGUAACUGUAUAUGAUGGGGCUGUUCUCCAGCCCCAGCUGAUGAAAGUUUGUCUCCCUCAGUCCGGGCUAAGAUGUCAAAGCGUCUCCGUGCGGAGCGGCAGCGCUCCCCCGCUCCGCGCCCCUCCGUGCUGCUGCUGAGCCUCAGCGCGCUGCUCCUAGCAUCACCCCGAGCGCGAGGUCAGAAUGUGGACAGCAAGUUGGAGUCCUUGAGACAGCAGAUGCUGAAGGACCAGUCAAAAGAUUAUGAGAUAACAGUUCCCUUCCUUUUGAAUGGAGAACAGUGGAGACCAGCAAACAGCACUUAUUCCAAGAACCACCCGUCCCUGCUGCAGUUGGUGGUACAAGCUGAAGGGCAACGACUGGUCAUCCACCUGGAGAGGAACGAGGGCCUGUUAGCCAGCAGCUUCACAGAAACGCAUUAUUUGAAGGAUGGUACUGAUGUGGUUCUCGCACGCAAUUACACGGGUCACUGCUAUUACCAUGGAAACGUACAAGGGUACCCCAGUUCAUCAGUCAGUCUCAGUACCUGCUCUGGACUCAGGGGAAUUAUUGUGUUUGCAAACAAAAGCUACGUUCUGGAGCCAUUAGAAGGUGCUACAAGUGAACACAAGAUCUACCGAGCAGAGAACUUGGAAAUAAUUCCAGGGUCCUGUGGCCACCAGCUGGACAUCUCUGCCAUGAGGGCCUCCGACACGUCGCACCGCUCUCAAGCCAGCAGGUACAAGAGGGAGACUCUGAAGACGACCAAGUAUGUGGAGCUUGUUAUUGUGGCAGAUAAUCGUGAGUUUCAGAGACAAGGCAAGGAUGUGGAAAAAAUUAAGCAGAGGCUGAUAGAAAUUGCAAACUAUGUCGAUAAGUUUUAUAGGCCUCUAAAUAUUCGAGUAGCCCUGGUCGGAGUGGAAGUGUGGAACGACAUGGAUAAGUGCUCUAUUUCUCAAGACCCUUUCACCAGCCUCCAUGAGUUUCUGGACUGGAGAAAGCUAAAACUACUACCUCGUAAACCCCAUGACAAUGCACAGCUAAUAAGCGGGGUGUACUUCCAGGGGACAACCAUUGGCAUGGCUCCCAUCAUGAGCAUGUGUACUGCAGAGCAGUCUGGAGGGGUUGUCAUGGAUCAUUCAGAAAACCCUCUGGGUGCAGCAGUCACCCUGGCUCAUGAGCUGGGCCACAAUUUUGGGAUGAAUCACGAUACGCUGGAGAGGGGCUGCAAUUGCAAAGCAUCUACUGACAAAGGAGGUUGCAUCAUGAAUCCUUCUACAGGCUAUCCAUUUCCCAUGGUGUUCAGCAGCUGCAGUAGAAAGGACCUGGAAAACAGCCUGGAGAAAGGAGUGGGGAUGUGUCUGUUUAACUUGCCUGAAGUCAAGGAGUCCUUUGGUGGACAGAAGUGUGGGAAUGGCUACGUGGAAGAUGGAGAGGAGUGUGACUGUGGGGAGCCUGAUGAAUGUACAAACAGGUGCUGCAAUGCAACUACCUGCACUUUGAGGCCAGGAGCAGUGUGUGCACAUGGACUUUGCUGCGAAGACUGCAAGUUAAAACCAGCGGGGAUUUCUUGCAGAGAGUCGAGCAAUUCCUGCGACCUGCCAGAGUUCUGCACCGGAGCCAGCCCUCACUGCCCAGCCAACGUGUACCUGCACGAUGGGCAUGCGUGCCAUGGGGUGGAUGGCUACUGCUACAACGGCAUCUGCCAGACCCACGAGCAGCAGUGCAUCACCCUCUGGGGCCAGGGUGCCAAACCCGCUCCUGGGAUCUGCUUUGAGAGAGUCAAUUCUGCAGGUGAUCCAUACGGCAACUGUGGCAAAGACUCCAAGAGCUCCUUCGCCAAGUGUGAGCCCAGAGAUGCUAAAUGUGGAAAAAUUCAGUGUCAAGGAGGAGCCAAUCGACCUGUAAUUGGUACCAAUGCUGUUUCCAUAGAAACCAAUAUCCCACUUCAGGAAGGUGGCAAAAUCCUGUGUCGUGGCACCCACGUGUAUCUGGGGGAUGACAUGCCUGACCCUGGUCUCGUGCUGUCAGGAACCAAGUGUGAAGAUGGAAAAAUUUGCCUUAAUCGCCGGUGCCAGAAUACGAGUGUUUUUGGUGUGCAUAAGUGUGCAACAAAGUGCCAUGGACGUGGGGUUUGCAACAACAAAAAGAACUGUCACUGUGAGGCUGACUGGGCUCCUCCAUACUGUGACAAGCCAGGCUUUGGUGGCAGCGUGGACAGCGGGCCCAUCAGGCAAGCAGAUAAUAAGAGCUUAACCGUAGGAGUGUUGAUCACCAUUCUGUGCCUUACCUUUGCUGGGUCAGUCAUGUAUCUGAAAAGGAAGACUCUCAUGAGAUUGCUGUUUACAAGUAAGAAGACAACAAUAGAGAAAUUAAGGUCUGUGAGCCCAGCGAGAUCUUCUAGAUCAUCUAAGCCCAAUCACAUUCGUACCACGUCUCUCAGUAAAAAUCUCAUCAUGAAGCCACAAAAUACAAACGUGCAAAAAAGGGAUGGCCCAAGGCGCCCGCUGCCCUACCAGAUCGUUGACAUCAGUGACCCGGUGAAGACACACCAUGUGCCACAGCUGAAGACCCCUCAGCGUGUCCUGCCGCCCCUUCCCCAGCCACCCUGCCACCAAGCUGGGCCUGAAAGGCCCCUUCCUGCCAACCCCAUGCUCAGGUUCUCCCAGGAAAACCACAAGCCAAACCCUCCUCAGAAGCCUCUACCAGCAGAUCCCCUGAACAAAGCUCGUUAUAACAGCACAUGCACCCCAGGGCUUGGACACACAAAAGCGCUGCCUCACAUUGCUCCUGUAAGACCUGCUCCCAAGCAUCCACCGCCGGUACCCAGGUCCAGCAAUGCUGCUGUCGAUGUGAAAUGAUGAGGAAAUCAGACACCUUUAUUUUAAAAAGUGAAGACAGAAGUUUGCACUAUCUUUCAACUCCAGCCGGAGUUCAUUUUUAUGACAAUACUUAGACUUUUUAAUGUUUAAAACAGCAUUAUUUUUUAAGAGUUCUGAGCUACUGCCUUUGGUGCUGUGCUGUGCUAUGGUGCUCUGUAUACUUGCUCAGGUACUUGUAAAUUAUUAAUUUAUGUUGAAUAUUUAUUACAGUGCAGUGCACUGUAGUAGAUAUUUUUACCAUAGCUGAGUUUUCCUAAAAAGGAAGCCUUUUUUUUUGUAAUAUUUCAGUGAACUUGAAUAACUCCGCUCUCUUGGUCCUAUAUAGGGUGUUUAGUUCUGAUCUAUAAGGAGCGCUGAUUCUCAUGGAAAAAUCAAACGUAUAGAAAAUUCAAUCUCAGUAGUUGAUAGCAAACUCUUGACUACAUACGUCAGGAGAAACCAUCUGGAACAUGGUGAAAUGCCUGAUAUCUGCACCCAGUGGUCUGUACCAAAGCAUCUCUCAGCAUUAGCAGUCGUACUGUAAUUUCAGUUUUCACGUUACUGUUUGAAACCGUCGAGAAAUCUGUGCUAAAAGAGGAUGCCUUUCUUUUGGACAAGUUCUCUUCGUGAAGAAGUACUGUAUGUAUAUCUCAAAACUGUAUUUUUGACCUCGUUUUUCCUCAGACAAUGUGGCUAGCACAUACUGAUGCAGAUAUCAGGCCUUCCAGUGUCAUUGCCUUUUUGAUUAAUUAACUCAUUAACUAUGCCAUGUAAGGUAGUACCAUCUCACUACGUUGCAUACAUGUACUGCUUAGACUGAAGACACACUACAUGUAAGGGGUGGGGGGAAGCCAAGCAUGACAAAGAAUUAACAUUUAAAAAAAAAAAUCAACUAUUAUACUUAUUUUCUUUUGCCUCGUUGCUCUGCUUAUCAACUGUAUUUUCCGUAUUUACUACUGUUAUGUAUUUAACUUCUAACGUGUUGCUCUGGGUUUCUUAGUUUUGAAAUCAAAAUACGUAUUUUAGAACAUCACCUUUAGUUAGCUUAAGGCACGAAGACAGAACUUCAUCUCUUUGGUGUGUGCCAAUGCUACGUCUGAUCUCUUUGGUGCCUUCUCAGUAGCACUGCUGAACACUAUUGUUUCACAAAUGCUGUAAGAGAGACAACUUUCAAAUACCAGUUGGAACAGAGGAGGAAGCAGCUCUUACCUUACAUAGGCUAGUUUCCUCAAUGCCUGUAGUUUUGUGGUUUCUUUUUUUUUUUUAAAGCAAAAAUAAAAGCAU